GCAUCGAAGCCGCCGUCAAAACCAUUUUCCUCUUCCGCUUUCGUCUCGACGCCGCGAGCCCAAACCCCUAAAAGCCCGAGACGCCGGAGAGCCUCCUCGCGGAGAUGGCAGUUCCCGGCCGCCGCAAUGACCUCGUGGACGACGGCGAGAUCGACGAGGAGUUCGUGGCCCUCUCCGAGGACGAGGAUAGGCCACUGCCUGAGCACCUCUUCGCCCUCGCCGACGCCGCCCAGUCCGGCAACGUCACUGCCCUCGUUACCGCGCUCGAUAACUAUGAUGGCAAGGUUGAUGAUCCAAUUGAAGAUGGUGAUACUCUGCUUCACAUAUCAUGCUUAUAUGGCCAUCUACCUUGUGUGCAGCUACUGUUGGAACGUGGAGCUAGCUUGGAAUGCAAAGAUGAAGAAGGAGCAAUUCCUCUUCAUGAUGCUUGUGCUGGAGGCUUUACUGAGAUAGUCCGGUACAUUCUGGACUUUGCUGCGAAUAUUGAUGGCUGCUUAACAAGAAUGCUCAACACUGUUGAUUCUGAAGGCGACACUCCACUCCAUCAUGCUGCCAGAGGGGAACAUCUGGGUGUUGUGGAGCUCUUGCUUCGGGCUGGAGCGUGUCCCAAGAAGGAGAAUACCUAUGGCCAGGUCCCUGCCGACAUGGCUGAUCAAGGCACUGAAGUCUGGAAAAAGUUAACUGGCGACCAAGUUGAGGCCAGCACACAUACGAUCAACUAGUUGACGUAUGGCAAUGCUUACUUGAAAUUGGUAAAAUGAGUUACUGUCAAACUAAAUAUCUCUAGCCAUUGGAACUCUACGUGGUGGUAUGAUAUGCGGGAAACAUAGGCAAACAAUCUAAGGCCACCCUUUUGUUUUUGUAACAGAAAAAAAAAGGUAAUACCAGACUCAUACCAUUUGGUUCUAUCGUUUUA